AUGGUCGAUAGAGCACAUCAAAAAUACCAGAUGAACUCGACUCGGACGUUCGCUGAAGUGUUAACCAUACAAACCGCGUGGGUGCUCAACCUAGGAGCCGAGAUGAGUAAACAGCUAGCUGCCCAAUGCCGAACAACGAUGGGCCUCCGUAGCCGCUAUACUGGGACCCAUAGGCCUCGGCUCAAUAUCAGCUCAGAACUUAUACAUACUCAAGUUGCCCGCAUUUCACGUGCCUACAUGUCUCUCUCGGCCGACAAGCAGAUGCCGCAGGCUACCGUCGGGAUCUCGGAGAAGCACAAACCCCUGACAAGCCCGCGUCAGGCCCGCGCACCCAGGUCCCGCGUCCACUCUAAACUCCCCCAGAUGCUGCUGCUGGGUUGGGGUCGUAGUUGGUUGCGCGGGCUUCGCUGCUGGCCCUCCCCAGGGCCCAAUUUAGAGACAGCUGAUUGCCGGUACCGAAAUACCUUUGCCUCAAUGCCAGCACCCGCCAUCGCCGCCGCUACUCUCUUGCUACCCACCAGAUCCCUUCUUUCUCUUUGGACGACAAACACCUGUUGCUCCCCCAUUCCGUUUCAGUUCCGGCUGCCAAAGUACCUCGCUCUACCGGCACAUCCAGCCGAACCCAACCCCGACGCCCAGAACACCUCGGAUAUACCCCCAUUAAACGAACGCGUCUUCCCUCCCUUUGCCAACUAA